AUGCGCACGCUAAUCCUCCUCCUCUGCACUUCUGCAUCUCUUGUGGGAGCGUUGCCGCCCAAAGGUUGCACUUCAUGUAUGAUGGUUCUGAUAGAAAGACACCCUUAUUCUGGAAUAGUCGAAACACAGAAGAUGGUUGAUGGCACAGGAUGCUUUGUUCAAAAAUUAAAAUGUCGUGGAAAUAAAUCGAACGCGGAAACGUUUGUGCAGUUCAAUCAAGGAUCAAACGGGUUCCUAGCGCACGGUGAUCAAGAAGUCAAAUUGGAGUGCUCAAAUGAUGGCCACUGGUUGCUUGUACAUAAUGAAGAGAAAGGCAUUAAUGUAGAAAGUGUAGCAUGUUUGUCAACAUAA